UAAAUAUUCUUUAAUAAAUGAGAGUCACACAACCUGUAGGUAUUGUACAAAUGACAAAUAUUGCAAUUAUCAAAUAUCGUACUAAUAACAAUCAAAAAUUUGAAAUUGCUUGCUAUAAAAAUAAAGCCAUCAAUUGGAGAAAUGGAGUUGAAAAGGAUUUAAGGUAUAAUAACAUAAUUAAUAUUAGUGAAGUUCUAUAGGUUUAUGAAAUAUUCACAAAUGCUACUAAAGGAGAUAUAGCAUCAGGAAAGGAAUUGUUAGUUUGUUUCUAAACAAAUGAUAAAGAUUAAAUCAUUAAAACAAUUCUAGAAAAAGGAGAUUUGUAAGUAGGAGAUAAAGAAAGAGAGGCCUAAUUGGAACAUUAUUAUAGGGACAUAGUAAAAUUUAUAUAAGAAAAAUGUAUUCAUGCUACUUCAGGUAGAUAACUUACUCAACAAUCUAUUGAGUAUGCAAUUUCAAAAGUAUAAUUUGUGGUUAAAACUGAUAAACCUGUUAAAUUAUAAGCUUUAUAAUGUAUUAAAAAACUUAAGGAGAGCUUUUUCAUUAAACGAGCUCCAAUGAAAGUUUCCAUCUCUUUUAUAGAUGAAUAGAGGGAUCUAGUUUAGUUGAUGUUGCAAUAAUUAGAUAUCAAAGAUAUUGUUUAAAAAAAUAAUAAAUUUAUUGUUAUUAUUGAUCCCUAAUUAUUUAGAACAUUAUCUACUAAAGUUAAUGAGAAACAAUUCAAAAGCCAAUUAGAAGUAAUUGAAGCAGCUAUCAAAUAAUAAAUUGAUGGAAUUGACAAUUUAGCUGAAGUUGAAUUAGAAUAAAGACUUGAAAAAUUAUAAAUUUCAGAUUCAGAAGAAUCGGAUGAUGAAUAAAAUUAAAAGUAAAAGUAAAAGGGACCCAAAAAAAACAAAUAAUAAAAAAAAUAAUAACAAUAAUAACAACAACAAAUGAAAAAAUAAGUUGAAGAAUAAGAAUUGAAUCAAAUUAAAUAAAUUUAAUAAUAAUAAAAAAAAGAAAAUGCAAAAGAUGAUAUGAGUAAAUAAUUUAAAUGUACAUAAUGUUACAUUUCCUUUGAUACAAACUAAGAAUUCAGAUAACAUUAUAAAACAGAAUGGCAUCUUUACAAUAUAAAACUUAAAUAAAGUGGAAAGAUAUGUUUAUCAUAUGAGGAAUUCUUAGAUUAUUAGAUCUAAUAAGAAAUGACCAAGUGA